GCAAAAAACCCGAUACCGAUAACACUACAGCCGCUCUAUCCAGUGAAGAUUCGAUUCCGCAACGCACUCUUCGACAGGCCACAAAAACCAAAGCAAAAUUAGAAAACAAAACGUCAAACUGAAGAUACAAAACAGAAAAGAAUUGAAAAGGAUAAAAAUUGUCGAUCAAAAGAAGAAUCGUAUCAAAAGUUUUCUAUUAUCUAAAUAAUUCAAAGUGAAAUCUUAAAUUUAAAAAUAUUCUGAAUUACAGUGGGUAAAAAACUAAAGCUAACUGGUCGUCCUGAUAGGAUCUUUCCUUUGUAAUAGCUUCACCAAAAUUGUGAGUCACAUGAGAUGAAAUCCCACCAAAUUCUAAUAAAAUGCUUUGCAGCAAAAAGUCAACCACAACCAUAUCGUGUUUUCUUUCUUGACUUGGUGCAAUCUAACCCAACAAAAUCUUUUUGAAUUUUGUACGUGGGUAGCAAGGAUGGAAAGACAUCUAGACACUCCAGAAUACAACUGUAAAGGAUGUAAUCGUCCCGACAACGCGGAUACAGAAAUGGUAUGCUGUGAUGGGUGCCACGAAUGGGAACAUUUUUCUUGCGCGGGUGUAGAUGACACAGUGCGAAAUCGUGCGUAUAUCUGUAAAGUGUGCAAAGCGAAAACUACAGUAACAGAAGCGCUUAAGCCUCUGAAACCUUCUACGUCGGAUAAUAAAUCGGCUCAUAUGUCCCAGAAAUCCAAGAGCGGGUCUAAGCGUGGAAAGAAAGUUCCACAAUCGAAGUCACAAUCAAGUGUAGCAUCCAGUGCAAGAGUAGCAUUGCUGCAGGAGGAAAUGAAGAUCGCCGAGGAAGAAACCUUAUUGAAAGAGCAGGAAUUGAAGCAACAGCAGCAGUUGAAGAAGCGGGAAAUGGAGGUGUUACGUCGCCAACUGGAUGAAAAGAAGAAAAUCGUAGCAGAAGAAAUGCGACUACAACAGUUACAAAUUUCCGAGGAGAUGGAAUUUAAUAAAAAUCAACAUAUGAUCCGGCGGCAGUCUAUAGAAAUGCGACGGGAAAUAAUUCGUCAAAUAUCAUCGGGAAGCAGUAGGAGUAGUUCAAUACCCGACUCUAGAGAGAAGGUGUCAUCUUGGUUGAAUGUCCACAACGACGCUGGAAGAUCGAUGGAAAACACUAUGCGCAACGAUACCACAAAGGAAGAGGAAAUUCCCGUUUCGCAUAUAAACCGGUGUUCCGAAGACCCAGCGACUACUUCUACGAUGAGUAAACAGGUUCGCACAACUCAGCAGCCUAAAGCCACAAUCUCAAUAAACACCGAAGGUGCAGGUAUGAAUACUGUACCUAUGUAUCAGGACCCGUCCCAAAAUAAACCUAGCGUAGUAAAUUCGCUACAACCACCGAUCAUAUCAAGUGGCGUUGCGACAGCUGCUCAAACACACGUACCUCAGUGUCAGACAACAACGCGAACUGUUUUCCCGAAUCAUGUAAAUCCAGGCUUAACGAAUUGUCCAGGGUCGUCAUCAUGGAUCCACCCCCCUCAAUUCGAAAUUAGGAAUUCGAACAAUGUUCCUAUUGCUUCCAGUUUCCCAGCCUGUAUACCGGAAAAUCCCAUGUCUUCACAGCCCACGAUGGCAUUCUCUCAGCAGCACUGUCCAUCAAUGCUUGGUCCACAACUGAAUCAAUUUCAAGUGGCAUCUCGACAAUCGAUGGGGAGAGAUUUACCUAUCUUCACCGGAAACCCCGAAGAAUGGCCGGUGUUCAUUGCAAGUUUUGAACAAUCGACUCUAGCAUGUGGAUUCUCUAACGCGGAAAAUUUAAUCCGUCUACAACGAUGCCUGAAAGGACAUGCCCUGGAAUCGGUGAGAAGUCGUUUGCUUUUACCUACGAGCGUACCACACGUUAUACAGACUCUACGUACACUAUACGGUCGACCUGAACUGUUGAUACGGGUAUUAUUGGAAAAAGUACAACAAUCGCCCGCCCCCAAACCGGGACGUUUGGAGACAUUAGUACAAUUCGGAUUGACUGUCCAGAAUCUUGUAGACCAUCUAGUGGGAGCAAACCAAAAGGAUCACCUUUCCAACCCAAUUUUAAUGCAACAGCUAGUCGAUAAACUUCCUGAUCAUUUGAAACUUAAUUGGGGCAUAUAUAAAGGCAAUUAUCAAAACGCUUCACUCGCGACAUUUGGCCAAUUCAUGACUGGAGUGAUCGAAGCUGCUAGCGCAGUCAAUUUCGACUUGCCGUGGGUCGAAAAGCAAGACUGGAAUGAAAAAAGAAAAAGGGAAAAAGGUGUUAUCCAUACCCACUCGACGGAGCAAGUUGUUCCAGUCGACGAAGCUUCUUCAACGAUAAUAAACCGAAAACCUGUUAAAACAUGUCCUUUAUGUGGUCAUGAAGGUCACCGGCUACCUGAUUGUAAUCAAUUCGUGACUCUGAAUUGUGAUCAAAGGUGGAAGGUAGUCCAACAGAAAAACCUGUGCAGAACAUGUCUCAAUAACCACGGUAAAUGGCCAUGCAGGUCUUGGCAGGGUUGUAGUAUGGACGGAUGUAGACAAAAGCACCAUACUCUUCUACAUAGUACAACGACAACAUCGAGCAAUGUAUCAGCAAGUCACCUUUCUCUGAGUACAUCAACGCAUUCCAUAUUGCGAAUGAUUCCGGUUGUCCUGCGUAAUAACGGACGAACCAAGGCGAUUUUUGCCUUCAUCGACGAAGGUUCAUCACUCACAUUAUUGGAACAAUCAAUUGCCGAACAUUUGGGAGUGGUCGGAACGCCGGAACCACUAACAUUGCAGUGGACGGGAAAUGUAAAACGGGAAGAACGAAAAUCUCAUCGAGUAUUACUGGAAAUAUCCGGAAAAAGUAACACUAAUCGUCGAGAAACACUGCACGCGCGAACUGUUACCCAUCUACGUUUACCUUCACAAACAGUUAGAUAUCGUGAGCUCUCCCAACGAUUUCCUCACCUGCGUGGACUGCCAUUAGAAGACUACGAGCUUAUACAACCGAAACUGCUUAUAGGGCUCGACAAUCUUGCCUUAGGAGUUCCUUUGAAAAUACGUCAAGGAAAUCGAAAUGAUCCAAUUGCGGCUAAAUGCCGACUGGGAUGGAGUAUCUACGGCGGUUCUCCUAGCCAUCCUGGACAAGCAUCAAUCCUCAACUUCCAUGUUGGUGUUGUUUCCGACCCUGAUAGGGAGCUAAAUGAGCAGCUUCGGGAUUAUUUUACUCUAGAAAAUACUGGAACUAUUUCAUUAGAAAAACUAGAAUCAGAGGAUGACAAGCGAGCCAGAAAGAUCUUGAGGGAAACUACUAAGCGUAUUGCGAUCGGAUUUGAAACUGGGCUAUUGUGGAGAACUGAUGAUCCUGUGGUUCCAAACAGCUAUUCAAUGGCGUAUCGUCGGUUAGUCUCACUUGAGAGGAAGUUGGAGAAAGAUCCCCCUUUGAAGCAACGGAUCCACGCCAUGAUAGCAGACUAUGAAGGGAAAGGCUACGCUCAUAAGGCUACAAGCGAAGAACUAUCUUUAACGAACCAAAACCGAGUGUGGUACCUUCCAUUGGGUGUCGUUUCUAACCCAAAGAAACCACACAAAAUCAGAUUAAUCUGGGACGCUGCUGCCAAAACCGAAGGAGUCUGUUUUAACUCUCUUCUGUUGAAAGGUCCUGACCUAUUGACUCCACUUCCACAAGUCCUAAGUCAGUUUCGUCAAUUUCCCGUUGCAGUGUGUGGAGACAUCCGGGAGAUGUUCCACCAAAUAAAAAUCCGUGAGCCAGAUCGGCAAUCUCAACGUUUCCUAUGGCGUAGCACUCCAAUUGAACCACCAACUGUAUAUGUCAUGGACGUAGCCACUUUCGGGUCCACCUGUUCUCCUGCGUCGGCACAAUAUGUGAAGAACCUCAACGCAUCGGAAGCUGCUCAACAAUUUCCCCGGGCUGCUGCCGCCAUUACAUUGAAUCACUAUGUGGACGAUUAUCUGGCUAGUUUCUCGUCAAUUAAGGAGGCGAUAGCAGUGAUCAACGAAGUCAAGCAGGUACAUGCUAUGGGUGGGUUCGAAAUACGGAAUUUUCUAUCGAACAAAUCAGAAGUCUUGCGUGGCAUAGGCGAAUUGGAAAAUGGUGUCGAAAAAGAACUUGAUUUGGUAAGAGGCGAAUCCUCUCAAUCUGUCCUUGGAAUGAUUUGGUUUCCCAAGACCGAUGAAUUUGCAUACACAUUCUCUAUGCGAAAAGAUAUUUUACCGAUUCUCGCCAAGGAUCACGUUCCUACCAAACGAGAAGUUCUCAAAGUGGUAAUGAGUUUGUUUGACCCCUUGGGACUUCUGGCCUUUUUUCUAAUACAUGGGAAAAUACUCAUUCAAAAUACGUGGCUCGAGGGAUCAGGUUGGGACGAUCCUAUCUCGAACAAACUGCAAAAACGAUGGCAGUGGUGGACUGAUCUUUUUCCGCAACUGGAGUUAUUGAGAAUUCCUCGGUGUUAUUUCCCGGCUCCGUUUCCAAUUAAUUCACACGAGCUGGAAGUACAUAUCUUCGUAGAUGCCAGUGAGCUGGCAUAUUCUUGCGUAGCAUAUUUCCGCCUGUUAACGGAGAAUAACAUUAUCGUUGCGCUUAUAAGCGCAAAGACCAAGGUAGCCCCCAUAAAGUCUCUCUCGAUACCCCGCCUGGAAUUAAAAGCGGCUGUUCUGGGCACACGCCUGAUGGAGUCUAUUAAAAGUCAGCACACACUCCCCAUUUCACGAAAGGUGUUCUGGAGUGACUCCAGCACCGUUCUGGCCUGGAUUCGAUCUGACCAUCGUCGUUACAACAAAUUUGUAAGUUUCCGAAUCGGUGAAAUACUGAGUUCCAGUGAACCGAAUGAAUGGAAGUGGGUACCUUCCAAACUGAAUGCAGCAGACGCCGCAACGAAGUGGGAGAAUGGAUCCGAAAUUAAAUCUGACAGCCGAUGGUUCCUAGGACCCAGUUUUCUGCGGUUGUCUGAAGAACGGUGGCCAAAACAAAAGUCUGUGUCAAUCACCGAAGAAGAAUUACGACCGGUUCAUACUCACUGGGAAAGAGAGCCAAUCAUCGACAUCACUCGAUUCAGUCAGUGGGCAAGAUUACUUCGUACGAUGGGAUAUGUUUUACGCUUUAUCCACAAUCUUCUACAUAAAAAACUCAAUUUACCUCCUGAAUCAGGUGUACUGACCCGAGAGGAAAUUAGAGGAGCAGAAGAAGCGCUGUGGAAAAUAGCGCAGUCAGACGAGUUUUUUGAGGAAACGAAAUUGCUGAAGGAGACCCAAGGGCCACCCCAUGCUAUGAUCGAGGAGUCCUGA